AUGUACCCCGACAAGUGCAUCUUCGCAGACAUUCUUGGCAUGUUGGACCAGCCCCCCACCGCGACCGACGAGUGGCUUCCUGCCAAGUUGAAGCUUCGGGAGACCUGCCACUGUGUGCAGCACAAGUGUCCUAUACGCUUUGACUCUGACAGCAACAAUUGUGCAAUCAUUGGGGCACCUUGUGUUACUUGGAGCAGGUACGGCAAGCGGGAAGGACUCAGCAACCUAGCCAUCAAGAAGGUUCACGACACCGCAACAGCGUUUCAGAUGCGCACAGACAUGUCUGUGCACGAGAAUGUGCCAGACUACGAAGACGACUACCUGGACAAGCACCUGAAAGGUCACACCCGGCAGAGAGUCCUGUUGUGUCCCAGACGCUUUGGCCACCCUAAUGGACGCUUGCGGUCCUGGCGCAUCACCUUCAACACGCAGAAGAAGCACUGGUCAUGCACGUGGAGUUUGGAGGAGUUGGCGGACGCCAUUUUGGCGCCCCUAGGCACAGCCUCCAAGCUGACCUAUGACGUCUACUUUGCCAUGCCCGAGGUUGCGUUCGAGCACGACACUGCGCGUCUUGCAGAGCACACCUUGUGCCAGAAGCAGCACCUGGAGCAAUUUCGCACUGACAUCCCGUUGUGCAGCUUGUAUGACUUAAGCGCAAACUGCCGGAAGAGGAGGCCUUUUGCUGAUGAGCAGGAUGAACCCUUGCGGCGCUGCGCACGGCGCCUGUCACUGCCGGCUGCGCCCUUUGGCGCAGAAGAUGAGACUGAGAGCGCCUUGAAAGUGUGCUUCCAGCAGUUCAACGCAUCCAAGAAGCAGCUGGCCCUUUUCUUGGAGAAGUUUUGGAAGCUGAAGAAGCCAGAUCAGGAUGCGCUAGAAGCUCGAUUGCAGCAAAGGACCUCGACAAUUCUAGCGACAGUGACUUUGAAGAAGUUGACUCAGAGGCACGCGCUGAGUGACAAGACCAAGUCCAUGGAAGCCAAGCUGGCUGCAUUGACCGAGUACCGCAAGCACUUGCACAAUCAAUUUUGCGACCGGCUUCUGGACGCUGGCGAUGUCACUGCUGUCAUUGAGGACGAGCUCACAAAAGCCGCAGUUCGAGAUUGGGUGGGUGUACGCCUGGAAGGCGGGUUGCUGGAGGAUGCUCGCGGCAACCGCUUGUUCCUGAACGUGCUGAGACAAGUCCACGCCUGCUAUGGCCAAGAGUACAAUCGCGCAGUGUCCUACCUGCAGGCCUUGGCUGCCAAUAGCUUCUGGCAGAAUGCCGUGCUGCCAGCCCUGCCCUGGCAUGAGAGCCACCAGCUUGCCCCGGCGGGCCCGUACGAUUUGAAUGAGGCAGACCAGAAGGCAAAAGGCGAAGAGCCUGCCGGCGCCAGCCCUCCGCCCAGCAAGCAAGUGUGCGCUGCUUGGGAGCGGGGCUUGAAGAAACUUCCUGGUGGCGACCUGACCCUGGCCAAGGAUGGCUACGCAAAUGAUGCAGAUUUGGACGCCCGUCCGGCCAGCCUGGUGAUUGAGAACCUUGCCUCUGGCAGGCCCACGGACAAGGUCAAUUUGAGUCACUUGGAGUCUUGGUACGAAGAGUGCUCCAAGCUGCUCGGCAAGCCCCAGAAGUUUGCACACACGCCGUGCGAGAUCAAGUCGAGCAUGGACGGGUUGCUCACUGGCAGCAUCAACUGCGAGGCUGCGGCCCUGGACCAGGUCAAAGGCUGGACAAGAUCUUCUGUGCUUGCCUUGCUGCUGAUAGCAGCUGCGGAAUAUGACCUCGGCGACCCGUUUACCAUGGACAAGCUCCAACCUCUCGAGAAUGCCUUUGUGUGGCUUGUCCCCUCGCACAUCUCCGUGAACAUGGACACAGCAAAGCAGAGCUACCGGAACCUCUGCUUGUCCUACAGAGGUUCAGAGAGACAGCCGCCCAAUUUGCUGCAGCUGGCCUUGCGGUUUUCGCAGAUUAUUGAGAUGCGCGACAAGCAGGGUGUCCACAACAAGCUUUGGACCCCGGAGCAGCGGCUGCAGGAGGUUGUGGACGAAUUCAACGAGACGUCAGGUCUGCAGCAGAAGCACAGGGUCGAUGCUGAACGGUUUCGCUCCCUGUUGAACUUGAUUUCCGGCAGCUGCGAGGAGUCCCGGCAAGUCCUUCGGCAGCACCUGAACCACCACAAGUGGCGGGAGGCCUUCAGCGUGGAGCAAUUCAAGGGUAGCCGCUGGUUGGUGGGUGCGACGCCCAAGUCUACCUGCCCUCCUGACAUGAAGCAAGCUCUGACAGUGACGCCUGAGUCGCAGCGCAUGCACUUCGAGCUCAUUGUGCACACAUUCGUCGAGGGGGGCAGGAAGCUCCGGCCAAGCGCAAGGUCACGCACGCGCGCUGCGCCCGAGGUCUUUGACAGGCAUGCUGACUACGCCUGCAUCUUCGCCACAAUCUUGACUGCUGCCCGGCAGCUGUCCACAUGGACAGCUGAGAAGGAGGAACAGCUUUACAAGCUGUUCCUCCAGAAGGCCUACUUCACGGACAUAGAGGCGGCGAUUGUAGCAAAGCUGGACAGCUGGCGGGUGUCACACCUGGCGGUCUGGGCGGACUACGUGGAGCCCAAGGUGCCGACCAUCACCAUCAGCGACAGCGUCGACAUUGGCAUUGCUGAGGAUGAGGCCCAGGCUGCCAGGUUCCGGGAGGUGCGCGCCAAGCUCAGCUCGGACAUGAUGGCAAUGGCGCAGUGGAACGCACGGCAGGAAGAAAACAGGAAACGGGCACACGUGAUCAGCGUGUUGCACGAGAAGAGCCAGGUUGAGACCGGCAAGAAGCUGGCAGACGCCUACAUGGAGCAGUGGUGCUCUGUCAGCUUGACUCCUGGCAUUGGGCCAAAGUCACCAGAGGCUUUCCUCAAGGCCGCAGCGCGAGUGCCACGCACGUGGCGUGUGGUGACAGUGGUGACAGUGAUUGAGUUGUGCCAGGUAAGCCCUUUGGAUGUGCGCCUCAUCCUCUACGUCGAUUGCACCAAGUUCGGGGUCAUGACCCAGAAGGAAGUCAACGACGUGGCAGACACAGUGGAGAAGCAUUUGAAUUACGGCGCAGGUGGUGGCAUCGCUGUGAUCCUGCCACCUUUGUUGAGCGGCAGUACUUCUGGCGGCUCGCUCCGGCAGGACUGGCGCCGGAUUGAAGACAAGAUGGCUGCCAACAAGGUGGAGCUCCGACAGUUCACUCUGAACUUGGACUUGAGUGAGCUGCAUCGGAACAGGGAGUUGCCGGCAGCCUACUUGUGCUUCCUGGGCGUGCAGGACCACGCGCUUCCGAUGAAGGGAACCGCCCACAGAGCAGUCAAGGGUGUUCCAACCAGUGGGCAAGAUGGGGUCAAGGCCAACUCGCUCCCUGGCAUUGACUUGUUGCCAAAUUUUAAAGCUUGUCUACGCGGCAUGUCCAACGCCCUGACAAGCAACCUGAGGUUCUGCGCUUCUCCGCUGUGGCAGAAGCAGGCGUUGGCUGUGAAGGACUUCCCCUUUGCCAUUCAGGAGAAGGACUUUAUCAUUCCUGGUGACUCCCUGCUGCACUUGAACGACCAGCGGCGCAACCUCACAGAUUUCCAGGAAACGGCGCAGUGGCUUGGUGGCGUCGGCGUGCCCAAGGCCAUCUUCAAGUCUUUGCUUGGCGAUGAUGCAAAAGGACGCACCAAGCAGGUUGUGGCAGUGAUCCACAUGACAUCCUAUGACGGAUGCGCAGAGCUGGCUUGCCUUCAGCUUGGGCUCCCGGUCAUGGGAAGCACGCCUGUGGAAGCCAACUUCCAGUGUGCGUCCAACGCGGUUCGCAACCAGUUGCUGCAGGCGUGGAAGGACAACAUUCAGCCCAUGGACAAGGUGGCCCCACGGUACCGGGCAAGCCCAGCCCAGGAAGAGAUGCCAGUCUCGCCAGAGAGGCCGACUCUGGAAAUCUGCCAGCACCAGCAGGGAACUUUGCUGCUGCCCCGGGACAUUCGACAGCAUUUUUUGCAGUGCCCGCUGUGGGGCCCAGAGUGGAGGGAUGUGCUGAAGGACUUCGACAAGGCAUGGAGCGAGAAGCACGGUAAGGCCUUGGCCGAGAUGACUGUGACAGGAACGCCAGGCUGCACAUUGAUGCUGCUAGAGGACCACGCCCUCUUUGUUUGCGCCCAGGAAGCCGUCUCUAUAGACUCCAGCAUGGCCUUUCUGGCACACGGGGCAGGCACGUGGCUGUUGGGGGACAAGGCGACCAAGCUCAAGGCCGAACACCCUGAGAAAGGCUUUGAGUGCAAGUGGAACAGUGAUGAGGAUUUGGUGGUUUUGGAGGCGGAUGGGGCGGAUAGUCCACCAUGCACCUUGCGCAAGGCCCUCCAAACUGUGGAGAAGGGCGGCCUGGUGGACUUCACUCUUGGAGGGCAUUCAGUGACACGCCCGCCAGAGGUGGCCCAGGGCCACGCAGAUGACAAGUUCACCAUUGUGGCGACCAAUGACAUUUUGUGGAAAGCAAACAAUGUGGCCAUCAAGAGCCUCAAUCCACCUCCAUCAUAG